AUGGCUCAUGCAGCCUCACAAUUAAAGAAAAACAGGGAUUUAGAAAUCAAUGCUGAAGAGGAGACUGAGAAGAAAAGGAAACACCGCAAACGGUCCCGGGAUCGGAAGAAAAAGUCUGAUGCCAAUGCAAGUUACUUAAGAGCAGCUCGAGCUGGACACCUUGAAAAGGCCCUUGACUACAUAAAAAAUGGGGUUGACAUAAACAUUUGCAAUCAGAAUGGGUUGAACGCGCUCCAUCUUGCUUCUAAAGAAGGCCAUGUAGAAGUUGUUUCUGAACUGCUACAGAGAGAAGCCAAUGUGGAUGCAGCUACAAAGAAAGGAAACACAGCCUUGCAUAUAGCAUCUUUGGCUGGGCAAGCAGAGGUGGUAAAAGUCUUGGUCACAAAUGGAGCCAAUGUCAAUGCACAAUCUCAGAAUGGUUUCACGCCAUUGUAUAUGGCAGCCCAGGAAAACCACCUGGAAGUUGUCAAGUUUCUUCUUGACAAUGGUGCAAGCCAGAGCCUAGCCACAGAGGAUGGCUUCACACCAUUGGCAGUAGCUUUGCAACAAGGUCAUGAUCAAGUAGUUUCUCUGCUGUUAGAAAAUGACACUAAAGGAAAAGUGCGUCUUCCAGCUCUUCACAUCGCUGCCCGAAAAGACGACACGAAAGCCGCGGCCCUGCUGCUGCAGAAUGACAACAACGCAGACGUGGAGUCAAAGAGUGGCUUCACUCCUCUCCACAUAGCUGCUCACUAUGGGAAUAUCAAUGUAGCCACGUUGCUGUUAAACCGAGCGGCUGCUGUGGACUUCACGGCAAGGAAUGACAUCACGCCUUUACACGUUGCAUCAAAAAGAGGAAAUGCCAAUAUGGUAAAACUCUUGCUUGAUCGAGGAGCUAAAAUCGAUGCCAAAACAAGGGAUGGUCUGACGCCCCUGCAUUGUGGAGCACGGAGUGGCCAUGAGCAGGUGGUAGAAAUGCUGCUUGAUCGAGCUGCCCCCAUUCUUUCAAAAACCAAGAAUGGACUGUCUCCAUUGCACAUGGCCACACAAGGGGAUCACUUAAACUGCGUCCAGCUUCUCCUCCAGCAUAACGUGCCCGUAGAUGACGUCACCAAUGACUACCUGACUGCCCUGCAUGUGGCUGCCCACUGUGGCCAUUACAAGGUCGCCAAGGUUCUCUUGGACAAGAAAGCUAACCCCAAUGCCAAAGCCCUGAAUGGCUUUACCCCUCUUCAUAUUGCCUGCAAGAAGAAUCGGAUUAAAGUCAUGGAACUCCUUCUGAAACACGGUGCAUCCAUCCAAGCCGUAACCGAGUCGGGCCUUACCCCAAUCCAUGUUGCUGCCUUCAUGGGGCAUGUAAAUAUCGUAUCACAACUAAUGCAUCAUGGAGCCUCACCAAACACGACCAAUGUGAGAGGAGAAACAGCGCUGCACAUGGCAGCUCGAUCUGGCCAAGCUGAAGUCGUGAGGUAUCUGGUGCAAGACGGCGCUCAGGUAGAAGCUAAAGCCAAGGAUGACCAAACCCCACUCCACAUUUCUGCCCGAUUGGGGAAGGCAGAUAUAGUACAACAGCUGUUGCAGCAAGGAGCAUCUCCAAAUGCAGCCACAACUUCUGGGUAUACCCCACUCCACCUUUCGGCCCGUGAGGGGCAUGAGGACGUAGCUGCAUUCCUUUUGGAUCAUGGCGCAUCUUUAUCUAUAACAACAAAGAAAGGAUUUACUCCCCUCCAUGUGGCCGCAAAAUAUGGGAAGCUGGAAGUAGCCAAUCUCCUGCUACAGAAAAGUGCAUCUCCAGAUGCUGCUGGGAAGAGCGGGCUAACUCCACUGCACGUAGCUGCACAUUACGAUAAUCAGAAAGUGGCCCUCCUGCUUUUGGACCAAGGAGCCUCACCUCACGCAGCUGCAAAGAAUGGUUAUACGCCACUGCACAUCGCUGCCAAAAAGAACCAGAUGGACAUAGCGACAACUCUGCUGGAAUAUGGUGCUGAUGCAAAUGCAGUUACCCGGCAAGGAAUUGCUUCUGUCCACCUUGCAGCUCAGGAAGGACAUGUGGACAUGGUGUCCCUGCUCCUCAGCAGAAAUGCUAAUGUGAACCUGAGCAAUAAGAAUGGCCUGACCCCACUCCAUUUGGCUGCUCAAGAAGACAGAGUGAAUGUGGCUGAAGUCCUCGUAAACCAAGGGGCAAAUGUGGAUGCCCAGACAAAGAUGGGAUACACACCUCUCCAUGUGGGCUGCCACUAUGGAAACAUCAAGAUUGUUAACUUCCUGCUCCAGCAUUCUGCAAAAGUUAAUGCCAAAACAAAGAAUGGGUAUACGCCGUUACAUCAAGCAGCUCAGCAGGGACACACACAUAUAAUAAAUGUCUUGCUUCAGAACAACGCUUCCCCCAAUGAACUCACUGUGAAUGGGAACACUGCCCUCGCCAUUGCCCGGAGGCUGGGCUACAUCUCAGUGGUCGACACCCUGAAAGUAGUGACUGAGGAAACCAUGACCACAACUACUAUCAUAGAGAAGCACAAAAUGAAUGUUCCAGAAACGAUGAAUGAAGUUCUUGAUAUGUCUGAUGAUGAAGUUCGUAAAGCCAACGCCCCUGAAAUGCUCAGUGAUGGCGAAUAUAUCUCAGAUGUUGAAGAAGGUGAGGACGCAAUGACAGGUGACACGGACAAAUACCUGGGGCCCCAGGACCUUAAGGAGCUGGGCGAUGACUCUCUCCCUGCAGAGGGCUACAUGGGCUUUAGUCUUGGGGCCCGUUCUGCCAGCCUCCGCUCCUUCAGUUCGGAUAGGUCGUACACCUUGAACAGAAGCUCCUAUGCGCGGGACAGCAUGAUGAUUGAAGAACUCCUUGUACCAUCCAAAGAGCAGCAUCUAACAUUUACAAGAGAAUUUGAUUCAGAUUCUCUUAGACAUUAUAGCUGGGCUGCAGAUACCUUGGACAAUGUCAAUCUUGUCUCAAGUCCUGUUCAUUCUGGGUUUCUGGUUAGCUUUAUGGUGGAUGCAAGGGGAGGCUCCAUGAGAGGGAGCCGUCACCACGGGAUGAGAAUCAUCAUCCCCCCGCGCAAGUGUACGGCCCCCACCCGAAUCACCUGCCGAUUGGUAAAGAGACAUAAACUGGCCAACCCACCCCCCAUGGUGGAAGGAGAGGGAUUAGCCAGUAGGCUGGUAGAAAUGGGUCCUGCAGGGGCACAAUUUUUAGGCCCUGUCAUAGUGGAAAUCCCUCACUUUGGGUCCAUGAGAGGAAAGGAGAGAGAACUCAUUGUUCUUCGAAGUGAAAAUGGUGAAACAUGGAAGGAGCAUCAGUUUGACAGUAAAAAUGAAGAUUUAACCGAAUUACUCAAUGGCAUGGAUGAAGAACUUGACAGCCCAGAGGAGCUAGGGAAAAAGCGUAUCUGCAGGAUCAUCACAAAGGACUUCCCCCAGUAUUUCGCUGUGGUUUCACGGAUUAAGCAGGAAAGCAACCAGAUUGGCCCUGAAGGCGGGAUUCUGAGCAGCACCACUGUGCCCCUUGUCCAGGCUUCAUUCCCAGAGGGUGCUUUAACCAAAAGAAUCCGCGUGGGCCUCCAGGCCCAGCCUGUUCCAGAUGAAAUUGUGAAAAAGAUUCUUGGAAACAAAGCAACGUUUAGCCCAAUCGUCACCGUGGAACCAAGAAGAAGGAAAUUCCAUAAACCUAUCACAAUGACCAUCCCGGUGCCCCCGCCCUCAGGAGAAGGCGUGUCCAACGGGUACAAGGGAGAUACCACGCCCAAUCUGCGCCUGCUCUGUAGCAUUACAGGAGGCACCUCGCCUGCUCAGUGGGAAGACAUCACAGGAACUACACCUCUGACAUUUAUAAAGGAUUGUGUCUCUUUUACAACCAAUGUUUCAGCCAGAUUUUGGCUUGCAGACUGCCAUCAAGUUUUAGAAACUGUGGGGUUAGCCUCACAGCUGUACAGAGAACUAAUAUGUGUUCCAUAUAUGGCCAAGUUUGUUGUUUUUGCCAAAAUGAAUGAUCCUGUAGAAUCCUCCCUGCGCUGUUUCUGCAUGACAGAUGACAAAGUGGACAAAACUUUAGAGCAGCAAGAGAAUUUUGAAGAAGUUGCAAGAAGCAAAGAUAUUGAGGUUCUGGAAGGAAAACCUAUUUAUGUUGAUUGUUAUGGGAACCUGGCCCCACUUACUAAAGGGGGACAGCAGCUGGUUUUUAACUUUUAUGCUUUCAAAGAAAAUAGACUGCCGUUUUCCAUCAAGAUUAGAGACACCAGCCAAGAGCCCUGUGGUCGUCUGUCUUUUCUGAAAGAACCAAAGACAACAAAAGGACUGCCUCAAACAGCUGUUUGCAACUUAAAUAUCACUCUGCCAGCACAUAAAAAGGAGACAGAGUCAGAUCAAGAUGAUGAGGCCGAGAAAGCAGAUAGACGACAGAGCUUUGCAUCUUUAGCGUUACGUAAGCGCUACAGCUACUUGACUGAGCCUGGAAUGAUUGAACGGAGUGCAGGAGCAACAAGAUCCCUCCCCACCACUUACUCAUACAAGCCAUUCUUUUCUACAAGACCAUACCAGUCCUGGACAACAGCUCCGAUCACAGUGCCUGGGCCAGCCAAGUCAGGCUUCACUUCCUUAUCAAGCUCUUCCUCUAAUACGCCAUCAGCUUCUCCGUUAAAAUCAAUAUGGUCUGUUUCGACUCCUUCUCCAAUCAAAUCCACAUUAGGCGCGUCGACUACAUCUUCAGUUAAAUCCAUUAGUGAUGUGGCAUCUCCGAUUAGAUCCUUUCGGACAAUUUCUUCACCGAUAAAAACAGUGGUGUCACAAUCUCCGUACAAUAUCCAGGUUUCCUCUGGUACCCUGGUUAGAGCUCCCACAGUCCCAGAGUCCUCGCCUUUAAAAGGGCUGGCAUCCAAUUCUACGUUUUCCUCCCGAACCUCUCCAGUGACUACAGCGGGGUCUCUUCUGGAGAGGUCGUCAAUUACUAUGACCCCCCCUGCCUCCCCCAAAUCAAACAUUAAUAUGUAUUCCUCAAGUUUGCCAUUUAAGUCAAUUAUUACAUCAGCAGCACCGCUAAUAUCUUCGCCUCUAAAGUCAGUGGUGUCUCCAGUGAAAUCAGCAGUUGAUGUCAUUUCAUCAGCUAAAGUUACAAUGGCCCCCUCUCUCUCAUCACCUGUGAAACAGAUGCCUGGACAUGCAGAGGUAGCAUUAGUCAAUGGAUCUAUUUCCCCCCUGAAAUAUCCGUCAUCUUCAACUUUAAUUAAUGGAUGCAAAGCCACUGCCACGUUACAAGAAAAAAUUUCUACGGCUACAAACUCUGUGAGCUCUGUGGUUAGUGCAGCCACUGACACAGUCGAUAAAGUGUUUUCUACCACGACAGCGAUGCCAUUUUCCCCACUCAGGUCAUAUGUUUCUUCGGCACCAUCCGCUUUUCAGUCUGUAAGAACUCCUUCAGCAAGUGCACUCUAUACAUCCCUUGGGUCGUCAAUAUCUGCAACUACCUCAUCUGUAACUUCAUCUAUAAUAACAGUGCCAGUAUACUCUGUAGUCAAUGUUUUGCCAGAACCAGCAUUAAAGAAACUUCCAGACUCUAGUUCACUUACAAAAUCAGCAGCAGCCUUGCUGUCACCCAUUAAAACAUUGACUACGGAGACACGUCCUCAGCCCCAUUUCAAUCGAACUUCAUCUCCAGUUAAGUCGUCUUUGUUCCUUGCACCCUCUGCCCUUAAGUUGUCUACACCAUCUUCUUUAUCUUCCAGUCAGGAGAUAUUAAAAGACGUGGCUGAAAUGAAAGAGGACCUCAUGCGGAUGACCGCAAUACUACAAACAGACGUGCCUGAGGAGAAGCCAUUCCAACCCGAACUCCCGAAAGAAGGGAGAAUUGACGAUGAAGAACCUUUCAAAAUCGUUGAGAAAGUAAAGGAAGACUUGGUGAAAGUGAGUGAAAUCCUUAAAAAAGAUGUGUGUGUAGAUAAUAAAGGACCACCCAAAUCACCAAAGAGUGACAAAGGACUCUCUCCCGAAGACGACUGGAUAGAAUUUAGUUCGGAAGAAAUAAGAGAAGCGAGACAACAAGCUGCCACGAUCCAUUCCCCAACUCUGCCAGAGAGAGUGCAAGUGAAAGCAAAAGCCGCCUCCGAGAAGGAUUAUAACUUGACCAAAGUUAUUGACUACUUAACAAAUGAUAUUGGGAGUAGUUCGUUGACAAAUUUAAAGUACAAGUUUGAGGAUGCAAAGAAGGAUGGUGAAGAGAGACAGAAAAGGAUUCUGAAGCCAGCAAUCGCUUUGCAGGAACACAAACUCAAAAUGCCUCCAGCCUCCAUGAGGCCUUCCACCUCUGAGAAAGAGUUGUGUAAAAUGGCCGAUUCCUUUUUUGGAACAGAUACUAUUUUAGAGUCUCCGGAUGACUUUUCUCAACAUGACCAAGACAAAAGCCCUUUGUCUGACAGUGGCUUUGAAACAAGAAGUGAAAAAACGCCUUCAGCCCCACAGAGUGCUGAAAGCACUGGCCCUAAACCACUUUUUCAUGAAGUCCCCAUCCCUCCUGUCAUUACAGAAACAAGAACUGAAGUGGUGCAUGUUAUCAGGAGCUAUGAACCUUCGGCUGGAGAUGCUCCCCCAGGCCAACCAGAGGAGCCGGUGUCACCCAAACCUUCACCUACUUUUACAGAACUGGAGCCAAAGCCCACCACCUCUAGUAUUAAGGAAAAAGUGAAAGCAUUUCAAAUGAAAGCCAACGGUGAAGAAGACGACCACAGUCGGGUUCUGAGCAAAGGCAUGCGUGUUAAGGAAGAGACUCACAUAACCACGACCACCAGAAUGGUCUAUCAUUCUCCACCAGGCAGUGAAGGUGCCUCUGAAAGAAUUGAAGAAACCAUGUCAGUCCAUGACAUCAUGAAGGCCUUUCAGUCUGGGCGGGACCCUUCCAAAGAACUGGCAGGUCUGUUUGAGCAUAAGUCGGCAGUGCCUCCAGAUGUUCACAAGUCUGCUGCUGAAACCUCAGCCCAGCAUGCAGAGAAGGACAACCAAAUGAAACCCAAACUGGAGCGUAUAAUAGAAGUCCACAUCGAAAAAGGUAACCAAGCUGAGCCCACUGAAGUCAUUAUUAGAGAAACCAAAAAGCAUCCAGAAAAGGAAAUGUAUGUGUAUCAGAAAGACUUAUCCCGGGGAGAUAUUAACCUAAAAGAUUUUCUGCCAGAAAAACACGAUGCUUUUCCUUGUUCAGAGGAACAGGGUCAGCAAGAAGAAGAAGAACUCACUGCUGAAGAGUCAUUGCCUUCUUAUCUGGAGUCUUCCAGAGUAAACACUCCUGUGUCCCAAGAAGAAGAUAGUCGCCCUAGUUCUGCUCAACUCAUAUCUGAUGACUCUUAUAAAACAUUGAAGCUUUUGAGUCAACACUCAAUAGAAUACCAUGACGAUGAGUUGUCAGAACUAAGAGGGGAGUCUUACAGGUUUGCUGAGAAAAUGCUUCUGUCAGAAAAGCUAGAUGUGUCUCACUCUGAUACCGAGGAAUCGGUUACAGACCAUGCAGGACCCCCUAGCUCAGAGUUACAGGGGUCUGAUAAGCGGUCCAGAGAAAAAGUAGUCACUGCCCCCAAAAAAGAAAUUCUCUCCAAAAUCUAUAAAGAUGUGUCUGAAAAUGGUGUAGGUAAAGUGUCUAAAGAUGAGCAUUUUGAUAAAGUAACAGUGUUGCACUAUUCUGGCGAUGUUAGUAGUCCAAAACAUGCCAUGUGGAUGCGCUUUACUGAGGACAGAUUAGACAGAGGUAGAGAGAAGUUGAUAUAUGAAGAUAGGGUGGACAGGACUGUGAAGGAAGCUGAAGAAAAACUGACUGAAGUGUCACAGUUUUUUCGUGACAAAACCGAAAAGCUUAAUGAUGAACUGCAGUCCCCAGAGAAAAAGCCACGCCCUAGAAAUGGUAAAGAAUACUCUUCUCAAAGCUCUACCAGUAGCAGCCCCGAGAAGGUACUGCUGACAGAACUGUUGGCAUCCAAUGAUGAGUGGGUUAAGGCAAGGCAGCAUGGCCAUGAUGGACAAGGCUUCCCCAAAGCUGAUGAGAGGAAAGAAUCCAGUCUGCCGAGCAGCCCAGAGAAGAAGGGUCUCUCCCAACAGCCUGAGGACAGCAAGUCCAUGGAGGAAGCCAAAGAAAGCAUUUUGCAGAGCAAAGCACCAGAAGGGCCCCAGUCUGGCUUUCAGCUCAAACAAUCCAAACUCAGUUCCAUUAGAUUAAAAUUCGAACAAGGCGCGCAGGCAAAAAGUAAGGACAUGUCUCAAGAAGACAAAAAGCCGGAGGGCCAAUCCAGAAUCCCAGUCAAAAAAAUCCAGGAGAGCAAGCUGCCUGUCUACCAAGUUUUUGCUAGAGAAAAGCAGCAGAAGGCCAUAGACCUCCCAGAUGAAAGUGUGUCUCUGCAAAAUGAUUUUAUGGUCCUGAAAGCUAAAGAUGAGCAUGUCCAAAGCAAUGAAAUUGUCAUAAAUGAUUCUGGCUCCGAGGAUGUGAAGACACAGAGAACUGAAAUGUCAAGUAAAGCAAUGCCUGACUAUUUUUCUGAGCAACAGGCUAAAGACUUGGCAUGUCAUGUAACCUCAGAUUUAGCAACUAAGGGACCAUGGGACAAAAAGGUCUUUAGAACAUGGGAAAGUUCUGGAGCUGCUAACAAUAAGUCGCAGAAAGAAAAACUUUCACAUGUACUUGUUCAUGAUGUAAGAGAGAAUCACACUGGUCACCCUGAGAGUAAGAUUGUUGAUCAAAGGAGUGAAUUUAUGUCUGUGACUGAGAGAGAACACAAGUUGUUAACAAAUGGGUCUCUCUCAGAAAUUAAGGAAAUGACUGUAAAAUCUCCCUCCAAAAAGGUCUUAUAUAGGGAAUAUGUUGUGAAAGAAGGGGAACGGCCAGGUGGAUCUCUGGAACAACCUUCCAGGAGGAGUGAGAGCUCAGCAGCAUCACACAUCCCGGUCAGAGCUGCAGAGGGACGGAGAAUACUGUCUUCUGAUAUUCCUGACGGUUUUUGCGAGCAGCCGACAUUCCCCCAACACGAACUAUCACCAAAGUUGUCCCCAUCAAGUAUGAGUAAAGAGACAGUCGAGACACAGCACUUUAAUUCUAUAGAAGACGAAAAAGUUACCUAUUCAGAAAUCAGCAAGGUUUCCAAACGCCAGAGUUACGUAGGCUUAUGCCCUCCUCUCGAUGAAACUGAAACCUCUCCCACCAAAUCUCCUGAUUCCUUAGAGUUUAGCCCAGGAAAGGAAUCUCCCUCUAGUGAUGUGUUUGACCACAGUCCCCUUGAUGGAUUGGAAAGAGUUGCUCCACUAGCCCAGACGGAGGGAGGGAAAGACAUAAAAACUUUACCUGUUUAUGUCAGUUUUGUACAGGUGGGGAAGCAGUAUGAAAAGGAGAUACAACAAGGAAGUGUAAAAAAGAUCAUAAGUCAGGAGUGUAAGACAGUACAAGAGACCAGGGGGACCUUUUAUACAACUAGACAGCAGAAGCAGCCUCCUUCUCCCCAAGGUAGUCCAGAAGACGACACUCUAGAACAAGUUUCCUUUCUAGACAGCUCUGGGAAAAGCCCUUUAACUCCGGAAACACCCAGUUCAGAGGAAGUGAGUUAUGAAUUCACGUCUAAGACACCAGACUCGCUCAUAGCUUAUAUACCAGGCAAACCCAGCCCAAUCCCUGAGGUUUCUGAGGAAUCUGAGGAGGAGGAACAGGCCAAGUCAGCCUCCUUAAAGCAGACUACGGUGGAGGAAGCAACCGUGGAGCGUGAAAUGCCUACCGAUGCGAGCAAAGACUCUAACCAAAGACCCAAAACCAGUAGAGUUGCCUAUAUUGAGUUCCCCCCUCCUCCACCACUGGAUGCAGACCAGAUGGAGCCAGAUAAGAAGCAUCAUUAUCUCCCUGAAAGAGAGGUUGACAUGAUUGAAGUCAGUCUGCAAGAUGAACAUGACAAGUACCAGCUGGCUGAACCGGUCAUCAGAGUGCAGCCACCUUCUCCAGUUCCUCCCGGGGCAGACGUCAGCGAUUCGAGCGAUGACGAGUCCAUCUAUCAGCCGGUCCCAGUUAAAAAAUACACCUUCAAAUUAAAGGAAGUAGACGAUGAACAAAAAGAAAUGACCAAAUCCAAAGCUCCUGCUGACAAGGCUUCCAACCAGAAAGAAUUGGAAACCAAUGGAUCUGGAAAAGAUAACGAAUUUGGCCUUGGCCUCGAUUCACCUCAGAAUGAAACCGCCCAGAAUGGGAACAAUGACCAGUCCAUCACAGAGUGUUCCAUUGCUACCACGGCCGAGUUUUCUCAUGACACAGAUGCCACAGAGAUCGACUCUCUGGAUGGCUAUGACCUGCAAGAUGAAGAUGAUGGCCUGACAGAGAGUGAUUCUAAACUCCCAAGUCAAACCAUGGAAAUCAAGAAAGAUGUCUGGAACACAGAGGGCAUUCUGAAGCCAGCUGAUCGCUCCUUUAGCCAAAGUAAACUUGAAGUUAUCGAGGAGGAGGAGGGAAGGGUGGGACCAGACGAAGAUAAGCCACCUUCUAAAAGUUCCUCAUCUGAAAGGACCCCUGAUAAGACUGAUCAGAAAUCAGGGGCCCAGUUUUUCACUCUAGAAGGCAGACAUCCUGACAGAUCAGUGUUUCCUGAUACUUACUUCAGUUACAAAGUAGAUGAAGAAUUUGCCACUCCUUUUAAAACAGUAGCUACCAAAGGUCUAGAUUUUGAUCCCUGGUCUAAUAACCGAGGGGAUGAUGAAGUUUUUGACAGUAAAUCACGGGAAGAUGAAACUAAGCCAUUUGGUCUGGCUGUGGAAGACCGCUCGCCAGCAACAACCCCUGAUACAACGCCAGCCAGAACGCCAACUGAUGAAAGUACCCCAACUAGUGAGCCUAACCCCUUCCCAUUUCACGAAGGGAAAAUGUUUGAGAUGACUCGCAGUGGUGCAAUUGACAUGAGCAAGAGGGAUUUUGUUGAAGAGAGGCUCCAAUUUUUCCAGAUUGGUGAGCAUACUUCUGAAGGGAAGUCAGGGGACCAGGGGGAAGGGGAUAAAAGUAUGGUCACUGCCACACCACAGCCACAGUCAGGGGACACCACUGUAGAAACCAAUCUAGAGAGAAAUGUAGAGGCACCUCCAGUCGAACCCAACCCCAGCAUCCCGACCAGCGGAGAGUGUCAGGAAGGCACAUCCAGUAGUGGCUCCCUGGAGAAAUCGGCAGCAGCCACUAGCACCUCUAAAGUUGACCCCAAGUUGCGCACGCCUAUAAAAAUGGGAAUUUCUGCAUCCACCAUGACCAUGAAGAAAGAAGGCCCUGGAGAAGUGACAGAUAAGAUAGAAGCUGUGAUGACCAGUUGUCAGGGACUAGAGAAUGAAACUAUACCAAUGAUUUCAAAUACAGCCAAUAGCCACAUGGGCACUAGGCCCCAGGAAAAACAUGAUUUCCAGAAAGAUAACUUUAAUAACAACAACAAUUUGGAUUCUUCCACUAUACAGACAGAUAACAUUACAAGUAAUAUAGUUCUGACAGAACAUUCUGCACCCACUUGUACCACAGAGAAAGCUAAUCCAGUGAAAAUCUCAUCAGGAAAAAAGACAGGGGUACUGCAAGGACACUGUGUAAGAGAUAAGCAGAAAGUUCUUGGAGAGCAGCCAAAGACCAAGGAAUCGAUAGGGAUUAGGCGAAAAUCCAAACUUCCCAUAAAGGCCACUUCACCAAAAGAUAUCUGCCCACCAAGUCAUAUGCCAAACAUGAAAGUGAGUAAAAUGAAGCAGGUCAGUCAAUCUGAGAAAACCAAAACCCUUAUUUCUUCUUCAUGUGUAGAUGUAAAGUCCAGAAUUCCAGUAAAAGACACACACAGAGAUAAUGUAGUUAGAAAAGCAUGUGCCACACAAAAGCAAGGGCAGCCAGAGAAAGGCAAGGCCAAACAGCUUCCAUCCAAGUUGCCAGUAAAGGUAAGAUCCACCUGUGUCACCACCACUACCACCACCACCACCACCACCACCACCACCACCGCCAUAGUAAAAGUUAGGAAGAGUCAGCUUAAGGAAGUAUGUAAACAUUCCAUUGAAUAUUUUAAGGGAAUUAGUGGUGAGACCUUAAAGCUUGUGGACCGCCUCUCUGAAGAAGACAAAAAGAUGCAGUCCGAGUUGUCCGAUGAGGAAGACAGUACCUCAAGAAACACGUCGUUGUCCGAGACUUCCCGGGGUGGCCAGCCUUCAGUUACCACGAAGUCUGCUAGAGAUAAGAAAACAGAGGCAGCACCUUUAAAAUCAAAGAGUGAAAAGGCCGGCAGUGGGAAAAGGAGCAGUAGAAGGACUGGUCCACAGAGUCCAUGUGAACGGACAGAUAUCAGGAUGGCAAUAGUAGCCGACCACCUGGGACUUAGUUGGACAGAACUGGCAAGGGAACUGAAUUUUUCAGUGGAUGAAAUCAAUCAAAUACGUGUGGAAAAUCCAAAUUCUUUAAUUUCUCAGAGCUUCAUGUUAUUAAAAAAAUGGGUUACCAGAGACGGAAAAAAUGCUACAACUGAUGCCUUAACUUCGGUCUUGACAAAAAUUAAUCGAAUAGAUAUAGUGACUCUGCUAGAAGGACCGAUAUUUGAUUAUGGAAAUAUUUCAGGCACCAGGAGUUUUGCAGAUGAGAACAAUGUUUUCCAUGACCCUGUUGAUGGUUGGCAGAACGAGACAUCAGGUGGAAACCUAGAGUCCCCUGCUCAAGCUCGAAGACUAACCGGUGGGUUACUAGAAAGACUGGAUGACAGCCCUGAUCAGUGUCGAGAUUCCAUUACCUCAUAUCUCAAAGGAGAACCUGGAAAAUUUGAAGCAAAUGGGAGCCAUGCAGAAGUCACUGCAGAAGCAAAGACAAAAUCUUACUUUCCAGAAUCCCAAAAUGAUAUAGGGAAACAGAGCGCUAAGGAAACUCUGAAACCAAAAAUCCAUGGAUCUGGUCGUGUUGAGGAGCCAGCAUCAUCACUAGCCGCCUAUCAGAAAGCUCUAGAAGAAACCAGCAAGUUUGUAAUAGAAGAGCCUAAACCCUGUGUGCCUGUCAGUAUGAAAAAGAUGAGUAGGACUUCCCCUGCAGAUGGCAAGCCAAGGCUUAACCUGCACGAAGAAGAAGGGUCCAGUGGGUCUGAGCAAAAGGUCAAAAGUCCGGGUGCGGUUCUUACACGGAUGACUGCCUGCUGUUACAAGGACUUGAAAGACAGUGAGAGUGAUUCGAACUCAGAGGAAGAACGGAGAGUCACUACCCGAGUUAUUCGCCGGCGUUUGAUUAUAAAGGGAGAGGAAGCAAAAAGCAUUCCUGGUGAAUCUGUCACAGAAGAACAAUUUACUGAUGAAGAAGGCAACCUCAUCACCAGAAAAAUCACUCGGAAAGUAAUAAGACGAAUUGCUAUCCCACAAGAGAGAAAACAUGAUGAGAUGCAGGGAGAAGGUUAUAAGGUGAAGACAGCGAAGAAGGAAAUCCGUCAUGUGGAAAAGAAGAGCCAUUCAUAA